UCGGGGAAGCCGUCCGCGCCUAUCACCCGCGGUUUCACUACACGACUCCACUCCAUAUGCAAAAUCAAACGGUCGUGCAUUUGCAAAGCCAUGGCGCAAUACCAAAAUGGCGGUGCUGAGGUACGAUGACUAGCCCUGCAUCCCCGGCAAAUCUGAACGACAGUCUCAUGUGUGUAGAUGAUGGCCGGACUCCCCAUGCACGCCCAGGGCCAGGAGUUUAAUGGGCUGCCCAUGGACGAUGGCAUGCAGUCGAUGGAUCUGGAUAUGGGGUCUCUGGACGGAGCCGAGGGCGGCCAGAACGGCGGCUUCUCCUUCGCGGAUCCACAGAUGCAGGCGGCCAGUGUACCAGCCAGCAGCACCAUGGGCGACAUGCAAAUGACAGGCGCAGGCGCUGGGCCUCUACCGACCGGCUUCGGCGCCCCCAACAUGAACCCCUCUGGCAGCACACUGACCGAGUUCACCAAGCGGCGGAACUGGUCGCAGCGCGUGCUCGAGGAGCUGCGCGACCUGCUGCACAUACUGACUCCCGACGGCAGGAUCCUCUACGUCUCGCCCUCGUGCAAAGCCCUCACGGGCUGGGAGCCCUCGCACGUCAUGGGCCGCUUCAUCAACGAGUUCAUCCACCCCGACGACAUUGGCAUCUUCGUCAAGGAGUUCAACGAGUCCAUCGCCUCGGGCAACCCGCUGCGCUUCUUCUAUCGCUUCCGCAAGACGGAUGACUCGUGGGCCAUCUUCGAGUCCCACGGCCAUCCGCACCUCAGCAGCGACCAGAACACGUUCGCGCCGCCCAACUCCAUCAACUGCCGCGGCUUCUUCAUGAUGGCCCGCCCCUACCCGACCAAGAACGCCGCCCUCCUCGACUCCUUCCUCGAGCACAAGAUCGAGAACGAGCGCCUGAUGAAGCGCAUUGCCGAGCUUAAGCGAGAGGAGCAGGACGAGCAGGACGACUGGGCCAAGAAGAUCGAGGGCACCGCUACCUCCGUCACGCCUUCAGAAUCACACGUCACGCAGAACAUGAGCCAGGCCGAUGCCGCUUCCUAUGCCCAGAUGCCUCCGCCAGCCAAGCCCGUCAUCUCAAACACCGCCCUGACCCGCCAGAACCUCGACGAAGCCCUCGCCGCAAGCAAACCGGACAGUAUCAACGACAAGAUGAUGCGGUACGAGGGCGCAAACCAUCUCGAGACAAUCGAAAUGUUGACCGGUCUUCGGUACAGGGACGGCGAGCGCUCGCAGGGUAUCAGCACCGGCGAUGCAAGCCCGAACCUUAUACGCGGCGACGCUGGCAUACAGAUAUCGCUAGACCGCGAUGGCAGAAAUUCUUCUGACAAGAAAAAGAAACUCAAAAUUGCUGAUGAAUAUGUAUGCACAGACUGCGGCACCUUGGACUCGCCUGAAUGGCGCAAGGGUCCAAAUGGGCCCAAGACGCUAUGCAAUGCGUGCGGACUGCGCUGGGCAAAGAAAGAAAAGAAAAAACAACAAGGUCCUACCAGCAUGCCGAUUGGAAGUGGCAUGAUGCAUACACCAUCAAUGCCAAUGCAUAGCAGUACGGGCAGUAGCUAGACCUACUUGUAUGCUGCAGGCGACCUUGAUGCUUGUUUUUAUUAGUACGAGUGCGAUUUGAUACGGGUUCCGUGGAGUUUCUUGCGGGUUUCUUUAUUCACUAUUUUUACCGGACUUAUAGGCGUCGGGCAUAUCAACGGCGUUGCAUUUGUGGCUCUCCACGAAAUACGGGGCUGAUGUUCUUCAGGAUUGGCAUAUGAUUCCCAGGACCAUGGAUAGAUUCAGGCUUAGCAACGAUACCACCUCUCUGUAACGACAAUUGCAAACUGCGAUAGCAAAUGAUUCGUAUAUCACCAAUCCACAGCGAGCCCUAAGCGAAGACGCUGGAAAGCAGUCUGCGGCAUUGCCAAGAGAUGUGCAACAAGCAUAGUAUACGCGGAAUGGUGAUCCUCCACGAUUACGCUGAGCUAUCGGCAUGUGAGACUUCCACAACUAGUGGAACUUCCCGAAAGAUCUACCAUCAGAUUUUGGGGCUCAUGCGUCCUCGUUUCCCU